AUGGCUACAUCGGUGAAGAACAACUUCCUAAACCCUGCACUGGUUUCCAAUCUCCAACAAGCACUGAUCCGCAGGAAGGACAGUGUGCAGGAACAGCACCAAAACAAAGCCAAGGAACCCACCAAAGCUUCUUCAAAGCCUGUGGUACUUGUCACCAAUGGUGAAGGCAUAGACUCUCCUGGCCUCACAUACCUUGUGGAGGCACUCCUUCGGGAUGCUCUCCUUGAUGUCCAUGUCUGUGCCCCACAAUCGGAUAGAUCGGUGAGUGGUCAUUCGGUUACCACUGGGGAGACACUAGCUGUGUGUUCAGCACAAGUUGGUGGUGCCAAUGCCUAUGAAGUGUCAGGAACCCCAGCAGACUGUGUCUCUUUGGCUUUAUCUGGGGCAUUGUUUUCUUGGUCAAAACCUGUUUUGGUAAUCAGUGGACUAAACAAAGGAGCAACUUGUGGUUUUGACACUUUGUACUCUGGAGCUGUUGCUGGAGCUAGAGAGGCAUUGAUUUGUGGUGUGCCUUCUCUCUGUAUAUCAUUGAACUGGGAAAAGAAUGUGAGUUGUGAAAGUGAUUUGAAGGAUGCAGUUACGGUAUGUUUACCAUUGAUUCACGCAGCCAUAAGAGAUAUACAGAAAGGGAUUUUCCCCAAUAAUUGCUUCCUCAAUAUAGGGAUCCCAAGGUGCCCUCUGACAAAUAAGGGUAUCAAAGUGACAAGGCAAAGUCCAAAUAGAUCUUCUUUAAAUUGGCAAGCUGUGUCAACAAAUAGGAAUCCUUCGGCAGGCCAUUACAUGUCAAACCAGCAAAGUCUUGGAAUCAUGUUAGCCCAACUAGGACGAGAUGCCUCUGCUGCUGCAGCAGCACGCCGUCUGAACUCAAACCGCAAGAACGUGGAGGUUGAAUCCAUUGGUAUUGCUGAAAAAUUCAGUUCUGAACAAAGCACAAAGAAAUACUUCAGAAUGGAGUUAACAGCAAAAGGGCAGCAAAGUAAAGAGGAUGGUUUAGACUCUAGAGUACUUGAACAGGGAUUUGUUACCGUGACCCCUUUGUCUUUGUAUGCAAAUGGUCACAUGGAAAUUCAAUCAUCAGUGUCCAGCUGGUUAGCUAUUGCACUCAGUGGUGAUCAAUGA